UAUGUUACUUUGACAACAUCUUUCUAUCGUUCUUCGAUAUUCCUUUUUGAUCGGACGUCGCAUACGUACCUAGUGCAUAAAUAUUAAAAUUUUUAGUAUUCGCAUCGAUAUAGAGGGCGCAUCUGUCAGGCGCGCGACACAGUUCCGAAGGGUUCGAUGAAUGCGCAUGAACCUACCGAGUGGAUGUUGUUUUUAUAUGUUGAUAUUUUGCUUGGAGCAAAUCGGAUAACAUUCUUUUUGCAACGACGGCUCCUUUGAGCAUCGAUAAUUUCGGCUUUAUCGUGUUUUGCUCGACUCUUACGGUCGAAAAAUGACGGAAAUUGAAAGAAACCUUGAAACUACGUCACACGAUCAGUCAAACGAUGAUCGAACAGAAGCACAGAGUCGACUAAUUGAAAAGGAAAUAUCUUCUCCUAAUAAUGAUUCUACUUCUUCCUACGUAUCGGAAGGAAAUAGUGUCGAAUCGACAAAUGAUUCCAUACUCGAUUCGGCCGAGGAUCCUAAUUUCGUAACUGCUACUACUUUCAAAAAGCCGGCCGUACUAACCGGUCCAAAACGUUUCCGGCCAGUAAGUAAAACUACCAAAACGUCGCUUUCGUUAAAUCAAUGUUCAUCUGAAAACAGCGAUCGCACCACUGAUCAUUUAACGAAACCUCGACUAGACUCGAAAGAUCCUCCCUUUCCGUACGUAGAACCGGCUUGGGGAGGAAAAUCGGAACAAGAUUAUAAACUGGAGGUGCUCAAAUCUGGAGUCAUCGUAGAGACUAUCUUACUUAAAGAACAAAGUUUUUAUAUCGUUGGACGUUUACCUUCUUGUCACGUAUCCCUCGCGCAUCCGACUAUUUCAAGAUAUCAUGCAGUUUUACAAUACAGGUCCAGAGAAGACGGAGAGAAUCUUAAAGGUUUUUACGUUUACGAUCUAGGAAGUACUCAGGGAACAUUUUGGAACGGGCAUCGUAUAAAACCCAACGUUUAUGUAAGAAUUCGAGGAGGUCAUAUACUCAGAUUCGGUUGUAGUCUAAGAAAAUAUAUUGUUCAAGCACCGCCGCACGAUCAAGAAGAAGAAUCGUUAUAUACUUUGUCGGAAUUAAAGGAAAUGAGAGCGUUAGAACUGGAGAAACAACGCAUGAACACUGAACCGAACCAAGAAGAAGAAAACGAUGGUAUCGACUGGGGUAUGGGAGAGGACGCGGACGAAGAAACGGACUUACAAGAAAAUCCUUAUGCUUGCAUCGCCGACGAGGAUUUAGUUUUAGAUGAUCCUAAGAAAACUCUCAGAGGAUGGUUCGAAAGAGAAGGAUAUGAUCUUCAAUAUCAAACCGAAGAGAAGGGAAUCGGACAGUUUUUAUGCUGGGUGGAUCUUCCCAUAGAAGAUAUCGUUGGUCAUGCCGUCAGAGCAGAAGCUAUUGUUAAGGGUAAAAAGAAAGAAGCGGUUGUGCAAUGCGCGCUGGAAGCGUGCAAAAUUUUGGACAAAUACGGCCUGUUAAGACAAGCGAAUCAUGAAGCGAGGAAAAGGAAAACGAGAAAUUGGGAAGCCGAAGAUUAUUACGAUUCCGACGAAGACAAUUUUUUGGACAGAACCGGAUCAGUGGAGAAGAAACGUGAGCAAAGGAUGCGAUUAGCUGGUAAAUUAGAGGAUAAAGCAGAAACGUACGAUUCCUUGCUUGAAAAACACAAACAAGUUACUAAACGCAUCUCGCAUUUAUCAAACUCGAUCGAAAAUUGGCAAAACGCGAACAGUAUCGAAAAGGAAACAACGGACGAGGAUGCGCUAGACGCUUUUAUGUCCAGCUUGAAUUCUUCCGCUUUAACUAAAAGCGAUAUCGCUAAGAUGAAAGUAGAAUUACAGAACCUUCGUAAGGAGGAAGCGAGUUUAACAAAGUUAUUGAACUUAACUCGACCGGCGAAUUUGCCUGCACUCGUUUCUACCAACGCGGAAGAAAUGGCGCGAAGCGAUAAAGUAGCCGAGAAAGCGACACGACAAGUGUCAUCGGAAGCAAAUAAAAUUCAAGAUUCCUUGUUCCGUCGUAGAAAAGAAAAACAAGCAAAUAAACGAACGUACUCGAAUCGUAAAUCGAUCGUAACAAGUACCACCGAUGGUAUUGGAACAGAAGCAGAAUUGGAAGAAGAAUUGGAUAGCGACGAUAACAGUGAACAGAUUUUAAAUUCGUCGCGUGCUUCAUCGACCGAGGAAACUUGCGAAUCACAAAAUUUCACCGUUAGUAUCGGAAAUGAUAUGAACGAAUCUUUAGAAGUGAACGAAGAAAAGCAGUCGCAACGUCAAGUUGAUGCGACAAAAAAACGGCGACAAGAGCGAAAGAAAAUAAAUUACGGUCAGGACAUUGAUACGGCUAAUUAUUCAACGUGGGUCCCUCCACAAGAUCAAGCAGGAGAUGGGAAAACGAGUCUGAACGAAAAGUAUGGCUAUUGAUUGAACGAAAUAAAAUUCGAUCAAUUUGCAAUUGCAACGCCGUGUAAUUACAAUUUGAUUCUAAUGUAUUAUCCUUUAUUAUACGAAAUUGUAAAUAUUGUAUGUAAUACACGUUUGUAGCGAAGUACUUCAAUUUCGAUAUACUUUAACGCGGUUUCUCGUAAAUAUAAAAUAUUGCGAUUAA